UCUGUUUCGCUUCCUUCCCCUUCCCCUUCCCCUUCCCCUACAGAGAGAUUCACGCCUCAACUUCCUUUCUCCUUAGGGUUUCGUUUAUCCAAUUCCGGGUUUUGAUUCUAAAUCUUCAAUUGAAUGUCGAAAUCAUCAGCCCUUUAGACUUUUUCAAAGUAUGCAUCUUUACGGUGAUUGCGAUCGUUUAUUCUGAUUUUAAAAGAUUUAGAGAGUGAAAGUUGAGAGGUCUUUGCGAUGGACUCCGCUAUAGAAAUCAGUUCAGACAGUGAUGUUGAGAUACAAGAAACUAGAACCAGCGUCCCUCUUCCUCAUCCACGGUUACCUCCUCAAGGCUCUCAAACAAGGGAACUCUCUGCGCUGAGACCUCACCUUGUUAACGGGACCUCUUCAAAUGCAAAUGGUCUCACAAGAGUGGGACUUCCACUACCCUCUUCACGCAAUGGGUUUGAAGCCAAGCCACUGACUAAUGGGUACAUUGGAUCUUCUCAACAGGAUGUUAAAAGGGUUCUUCCACCUUCUCUUAUUCGACCGCCUAUGCCGUUGAGACCUGAUAUCUUCGGUACGAGUAAUGGGAACGGGAGUCACUUUCGUGGGGUUUAUGCUGCUACUCCAGGAAACAACGGUAACUUUGGUGGUGGUUAUGGUGGGUUCCAUGAUGGGAUAGGCUCGGGGCGUGUCAUUAAUGGCGAUCGGUUGUUUCCUCCGUCUGGGGCCCAUGGAACAGGUGCUUCUACCUCGCAUUUCAAUGGUGGAAGUGAUCCGUUGCAUAGGAAUGGCAUGGGUGAAGAUAGGAGUUCGGAGAAUGACGAGAGGCUCAUCUAUCAGGCUGCACUUCAGAAUCUGAAUCAACCCAAGUCCGAGGUCGAUUUACCUGACGGUCUUCUUUCAGUUCCUCUUAUGAAGCAUCAGAAAAUUGCAUUGGCAUGGAUGUUUCAGAAGGAAACUAGAAGUGCGCCCUGUCUGGGAGGGAUACUAGCUGAUGACCAGGGCCUUGGUAAAACAAUCUCAACAAUUGCUCUUAUCCUAAAACAAAUGCACGAGGCAAAAUCAAAGUCUGAGAAUUCAAGCAAUCAAGUGGCUGAAGCAUUGGAUCUGGAUGCUGAUGAUGAAUCAGAGAAUGCCUUUGUGAAACAAGAGUCGAAGGCUAUAAGUGUUAAUGGCAGUUUUGGCAUGAAGAAAGCCAAGGAUGAAGAAGCGAGUACUUCAACAAGGAAAUUUAAUGGGAAAAGACCAGCUGCUGGCACUUUAAUUGUUUGUCCAGCUAGUGUUGUUCGGCAGUGGGCAAGAGAGCUUGAUGAUAAGGUUACUGAAGAAGCCAAGCUUUCUGUUUUAAUCUACCACGGUGGUAACAGGACCAAAGAUCCUACUGAGCUAGCAAAGUAUGAUGUGGUGAUGACAACUUACGCUAUCGUCUCAAAUGAAGUUCCAAAGAAAGCCCUCAAGGAUGACGAUGAGAAUGAUGAAAAAUAUGCCGAUGAUCAUGGUCUGGCCUCUGGCUUCAUGAGUAAGAAACGCAAAAAUGUGUUGGGUGCUCCUAAGAAGAGCAAGAAACGAGGCAAGAAAAACGCUGACGACUCUGACCCUGACUGUGGUGCUCUAGCAAAGGUUGGGUGGUUCAGAGUUGUCCUAGACGAAGCUCAGACGAUUAAGAACCAUAGAACCCAGGUGGCAAGAGCUUGUUGUGGUCUUCGAGCUAAAAGGAGAUGGUGUUUGUCUGGAACACCGAUUCAAAACACGAUAGAUGAUUUGUAUAGCUAUUUCAGGUUUCUGAGGUAUGAUCCAUAUGCCGUGUACAAGUCAUUCUACAGCACAAUUAAGGUUCCAAUUUCCAGAAAUUCCCAAAUUGGUUAUAAGAAGCUUCAAGCUAUUUUGAAGGCUAUAAUGCUGCGCCGUACCAAAGGAACGUUGCUUGAUGGUCAGCCUAUAAUUAAUCUACCACCGAAGACAAUUAAUUUGAGCAAGGUAGACUUUUCGGUAGAGGAGCGGUCUUUUUACACGAAGCUUGAAUCUGAUUCACGUUCUCAGUUCAAGGCAUAUGCUGAUGCAGGAACUUUGAACCAAAACUAUGCGAACAUUCUUCUCAUGCUUUUACGGUUGCGCCAAGCCUGUGACCAUCCCCAGCUUGUUAAAGGAUUCAGCUCAGAUUCUGUAGGAAAAGAAUCAGAAAAAGCUGCUAAAAGACUUUCUAGGGAGGUUCGUGUUAGCUUGCUGAAUCGCUUAGAAUCAUCUCCCAUCUGCCGUGCCUGCAACGAUCCACCAGAAAAUCCUGUUAUUACUUUGUGUGGCCAUAUAUUCUGCUAUCAGUGUGUAUCAGAAUACAUCACAGGGGAUGAGAACUCGUGCCCUGUAUGCAGAGAACAGCUUGCGCAUGAUGUUGUUUUCUCCAAGUCUACUCUUCGAAGCUGUGCCGCUGAUGAUAUUGGUUGUAGUUCUUCCUCACAUGCUAAAGGUCUUAACAAAGCAGCUUUUCAGAAUGGCGAGUUCAGCUCGUCAAAAAUCAAAACUGUCUUGGAUAUUCUGCAGUCGCUUUCUAACCAAGGCAGAGGUCCAAACUCAACUCAGAACGGUGGAAUGCCUUCUUCCUCGCUGCCAUAUGACGUGGAUGACGAUGAUGUGACCAUUAUAGAGGAAACGAGUGUGCCUUCAACUACUCCUUGCAACCAAGCGCCAGUGAAAACGAUCAUCUUUUCUCAGUGGACUAGUAUGCUUGACGUGCUCGAGUUCUCUCUAAAUGAAAAGACUAUAGAGUUCAGAAGAUUAGAUGGUACAAUGAGUCUAGCUGCUAGAGACAGAGCGGUCAAAGAAUUCAGCAACGAUCCAGAUGUAAAAGUGAUGAUAAUGUCUUUAAAAGCUGGAAACCUUGGGCUGAAUAUGGUUGCUGCAAGUCAUGUCAUUCUUCUUGAUCUUUGGUGGAAUCCAACUACUGAAGAUCAAGCUAUUGAUCGAGCACAUCGUAUUGGACAAACUCGACCAGUUACUGUUACUCGUAUUACGAUAACAAAUACUGUUGAGGAUAGAAUUUUGGCUCUCCAGGAAGAGAAAAGAGCAAUGGUUGCAUCUGCCUUUGGUGAAGACCAUGGUGGAGGCUCUGCAACUCGACUAACAGUAGAUGAUCUCAAAUAUCUUUUCAUGGUGUAGACAAACUUUGGUUUAGCGUAUUUCUAAAUCUCCGGUUUGCCAAGUUUCACUUCCAGAGUUUUGAUCAUGAAGAAACCUUUGAGCUGCAUUUUAUGUUCUUCAGGUUCACAGAUUGGAAUUGAGCAAAUUUGUAAAUAACUCUUUCUUUUUCAUAGUUAUAUCAGACUACCCUUUGGAGAAA